UUUGUGAAUGAUGUGAAUAUACCUGAUGGAACUGAUAUGCAAUCUUCUCAACGUUUUCUCAAAAUGUGGAAGAUCAAAAACAAUGGUCGUAUCCGUUGGCCCGCUGGAUCUACUUUGAUUUUUAGUGGUGGUGAUAUCCUUCGUCCGUAUCCUCCUCAAUAUCAGCAAAACACCGUCAUUCCUACUAUCCUUCCUGGCGAAGAAGCUUGUAUUUCCGUUGAACUCUGUGCUCCUGAUACUCCUGGACGUCAUGUUAGUUAUUUCCGCCUCGCCUCACCUGAAGGAAUUCGGUUUGGUGAUCGUCUUUGGUGUGACAUCAAGGUUGUA